AAAAAACGAUUCCUAUGACAGGACACUUGGCGGUGAACCAUUCUGUAACGACGCGCUUCAUUUUCCGUUAUGAUCUAUUUUCACUCUUUUUUUUUUUUUUCCGUCAUCGGCUCGUAUGAGCCCGCGGAACCGCUAUCGCGUGUUAUCGGCCGCUAAGCGGGACGGAUACCAAGAAAUCAACAGGUCGAGAAAAUCGACAUUUCCUCUGCUGCGUUGUUCACGCAGUAAUCAAGGUUUCUUGUUGAGCAUGCGCACUAACGAAGCGUUUGAUCACGUGGCUCGAGGACCGAAGCGUCCUGCUGAGCAACUGCCACCGUCAGAGCAGUGAGCUACCGCGACAGCGCGGCUACGGGAGCGUGCACAUCGGUCUGGAAGCUGCAGCCCCUGCACGUAAGCCGAAAUCAUGGCGGCGCCCAAUCGUGGAGAAACUUCGCCUCCAGACAAGAAUGGUCCCGCAAGGAAUUGGGGCUACCCACAACAGGUACCAGACGCUGACGACCGUGCGAGACAAGCCUUGAACCCUUCCACGAACGCCGCGGUGCAGCCACAACAGCAACACCAAGGGCAAAACGGCCCUCGUGAAGCCGUUGUCCCGCCAGCAGAAAACUCGCAGCAGCGAUCCUUCCGUGCGCAGCAGCAGCAGCAUCAGCAGCCCUUCCGUGCGCAGCAGCAGCAGCAUCAGCAGCCCUUCCGUGCGCAGCAGCAGCAGCAGCAGCAUCAGCAGCCCUUCCGUGCGCAGCAGCAGCAGCAGCAGCAUCAGCAGCCCUUCCGUGCGCAGCAGCAGCAGCAGCAGCAUCAGCAGCCCUUCCGUGCGCAGCAGCAGCAGCAGCAGCAUCAGCAGCCCUUCCGUGCGCAGCAGCAGCAGCAGCAGCAGCAGCAUCAGCAGCCCUUCCGUGCGCAGCAGCAGCAGCAGCAGCAGCAGCAUCAGCAGCCCUUCCGUGCGCAGCAGCAGCAGCAGCAGCAUCAGCAGCCCUUCCGUGCGCAGCAGCAGCAGCAGCAGCAUCAGCAGCCCUUCCGUGCGCAGCAGCAGCAGCAGCAGCAGCAGCAUCAGCAGCCCUUCCGUGCGCAGCAGCAGCAGCAUCAGCAGCCCUUCCGUGCGCAGCAGCAGCAGCAGCAGCAGCCCUUCCGUGCGCAGCAGCAGCAGCAUCAGCAGCCCUUCCGUGCGCAGCAGCAGCAGCAGCAGCAUCAGCAGCAGCCCUACCGUGCGCAGCAGCAGCAGCAGCAGCAGCAUCAGCUGCCCUUCCGUGAGCAGCAUCAGCUGCCCUUCCGUGAGCAGCAGCAGCAGCAUCACGCGGCGUUUUCCGGAUCUCCUCAGGUCCCCGUUACCCAGACGUCAGCCGUUAAAUGGGCUAGUGGUCACGCCAUUCCCGGGAAUCCUUCCAUUCUUCAGCAGCAAUCACCUUCCAAGCAGAUGUCCAGUUCACAGGGCUGGGGCUCAAACCAACAGUCUCUUUCAGAACAAUUUUCUGAGCUAGGGCUCGCCGGCUCACGAGGAACGGGCCUCUACGGGCCUAAACGACAGACUGGAGGAAGAGGGCGCGGCAGCCGAGGGCAAAGCCAGCAAUCGCGUCCUGCAACAGGCGAACACGUAGACUACCAUUCCCAAGCGCCGAUCACGUCCCCACGUGGACAUCUAGUACAGCCUACAACGUUCGCCGGCCAGGGAUGGCAGGUGGGCUCGAACGUGCACCCGAGGAACGCUGCACCCAGAAAUCCCGCCACGCCGCCUGCUUCCUCGACUCAAUGCUCUUCUCCCUCUUCAGCGGCAACCGGCGCCACCAGCAGCUGCUCCACAUAUUCAAGCGGAGGGGCUUCUACUUCGCGAGGCCAUUGUUCUGAACCGCAGCGUUGGAAUCGCCCAAGAAGUGCUGUCACGUGGGAUUCUGCAAACGCCAGUCAAGUGCCUUCACCGGGCCGAUCUCCCAUGCCGGGCGCAGACACCAGUAUAUCCUCCGCCGGUGGAAUUUCACCCUCCAAGGAGACCAAAGUCACGACACUCACCGUUUACGCGAAUCAUUUCAAAGUGCACAUACCCAAGGAGCUCGCCGUGAACCACUACUCGGUUACGAUAUGUAACCAUGUCGAGGGCGCGGAGCCACGAGAACUCACGCGUAUGGCCUCGAGUGACAGGCGACUCAUAUUCAUGGAGUUCGCCCGCCGGCACUUAAAUACCGAGGCACCGAUUUUUGAUGGCCAGUGUGCAUUUUACUCAACAAAGCCUGUAGAUGACAGAGAGAAAACCGUCCAAGUGCAAAUGGCAAACGGUGAGUCAAGAGACUUCCGCGUCAGCAUCAAAGUGACCCAUCGGAUCAACGAGCAUUGCGGACCUGGUCGCGGGACACCUCUGGUUCAAGCGCUGGAGGUUGCGUUACGCUGCGCUCUCUCGCAUAACCGCGAGUACCUUGGCAGGAUCCUCGUGAGCCGUGUGGGCGCAGACACAAAGGAGUGGGAGCGCGCUCGGCGAGGUGAAGCUCUCUACCACGGCGUGCUUACCAGCGUCCGCUCGGGCGAGUCGGGAACGUUCGUAAACGUGGACACGCUACAGACUGUCCUCUACAAACCUGACCCUCUUAUAACUGUCGUCUGCCGUUUGCUGCGACGUGCAAGUAUUUCACCUCAAGAAAAACUUCUGGAUAAGAACAUUGAAUUCCUCAGCGAAAAACUAAAGGACUUGAAAGUGGACGUCAAACAUCUGCCUUACCGUCGCACUGGCAAAAUCGAGAAAAUUGUGAAGGAAAGCGCGGACGAAAAAAUGGUAGGUUCAACGAGGGAGACAGUUGCGGAAUAUUUCAGCCGCAAAUAUUCUGCGCUUCGGUACCCCAAGCUGCCGUGCGUAAAAAUUCUAAACAAAGACUGUUACUAUCCUCUUGAGGUCUGCUUCAUAGCUCUCGGACAGCGGGGUGCAGAGACACUUUCUCCUGUGCCUCCCGAAACUAGGUUUACUAGAGCCGAAUCGGUUGUAGCCGAAAUUGAAAGGCAACCCCGAGCAGAACUGGGCGAAUUUGUCACCUCUAUCUCUGCAUCCCCUGUCCAGAUCACGGCGAAGCUUUUACCUACCGUCUCGCCAUUGAAGCCUCCGCAGGACUCGAAAGAAAUGAAGUGGGUGAUGCUGAGCAUGUGUGACAGUGCAAAGGAACCUAUCAAGAAGUUACGAAAUGGUAUCAUCAAGCAGGGAAAAGAACUUGGUAUGGAGCUCUCUCACGUUCAAGUCGUUGAAAAAAAAUUUCCAACUGUUGAGGAAGCACUUGAAGCACCAGAAGAAGGUGCCGCUUUUAUUGUUAUCGUUCUGAAUAACACAAACUCUAGUCUCUACUACCUUAUCAAGUACUACGCCGAAAUUCAACUUGGCCUGAUCACACAAUGUGUCGCUCUUUACAAUAAGCAGGGGAAACUGCAAAAUUUUGGCAGUGCGUUUUGUUUGAACGUAAUGCGCAAGAUAAAAGCAAAGCUUGGAUUCGUCGACAAAGCCAUGCCAUCUAAGAUCAACAACUUCGACUUCGAGGACGUCAUGGUUAUGGGCGCCGACGUCAGUCACCAUGGCCCGAAUGACGCGAAGCCAUCCGUGGCCGCCAUCGUCGGUAGCAUUGACGCGUGCGCCUCUCGCUAUGCCGCUGCGAUUAGUCUUCAGCAGCAGCAGCAGCCGCAGCAGCAGCAGCAGCGACGUCUUGAAAUCAUCCAGAACAUGGGGAGCAUGGUUAGAGGACUUCUGGAUGUCUACCGGAAGAACAAUAAUACUGCACCGAAAGCCAUACUUUUCUACCGCGACGGCGUGAGCGAGGGACAGUACAGUAAAGUUUACGAUACGGAGCUUCCCUGCUUGGAUGAUGAAUGCAAGAAAGCUUUCCCCGGAUCCACCACACCGAAGAUUACAUUUCUGACCGUUCAGAAGCGGCACAGAACCCGCUUCAUACGCAAAAAUUCGGAGCUACCGAACGUGCCUGCAGGCACGGUCGUGGACACGGUCAUCACGCACCCUUCCCAACAAGAGUUCUUUAUGUGCUCUCACACUCCCCUCAGGGGCACAGCUCGGCCCGCCCACUACCACGUGAUUCGAGACGACAACGAAUUCGACCCCGAGACUCUGCAGAAGAUCUCCUUCAGCCUGUGCCACAUGUACGCCCGUUGUGAUACGCCCGUGUCCAUCCCGACGCCCGUCUACUACGCCCACCUCGCCGCAGCUCGCGCCAGCUGCUACAUGACGGCUCACGCAAAGAUCCGGGGAACGAACAGAUUUGACGCCAGCGUCGUCCAGCUCAACGACAACCUGAAGGACGAGAUGUUUUUCGUCUGAGACCUAUAGGCCGAUUUAUUCUUCUGCUCAACGACGAAUGUGCCCCUUGUUGUGCCUGGCAUGGUUUACGCGACUUGCCGUUACCAGACCGGCAGGGCUCUGUUAGGUGUUGCAUAUUUACUGCAGCCGACUUCAGCCGCACUACGCCUGUGCCUCGUUGGUGUUGCAUGACAAACGCGCCGACAUCGCUUGCACUUCUGAUGAGCCGCGCCGCACUUCCACCAUCAACACUUUCACAUUGGUCGUCAAGUUUGUGUCCCUCACGCUUCAGGUAGCUAAACAUGCGAGUAUGUUCAUGAUUUUAUCCGUGUGCAUGGCCACAGUCAUUUUAUGCUAUCUUAUUCAAAACGUGUUCCUAGGCACGCGUAUCCGCACACUACGAGUGCACUAGACUUCGUGUGCCACAUGUGUUUGAACAUCGAGUUAAUAUAUUGACAAGUGCCGGGAAUUAAAGACUGCUCUCUGA